AUGGACGCAUUACCACCACCAGAAAUUGCUGUUGGCCAGAAAGACGUUGUUCAAAAUCCUCAAACAGUUCAGGACACCUCACAGGAGGGAGGCGGCCUUGUACAGGAGAAUGUACACACCACUGCAUCCUCUCCACCAACACCUCCGCCGCCCCCUGGACCCCCUCCACAACCCCCUGUAUCUGCCAACAGCAGCAGAUCACCAAAAUAUCAAUCCCGGCUCAUACUAAGUGGCCAUAGCAUGUCCAUCUCUUCGAUAAAAUUCAGUCCUGACGGCUGUAUGCUUGCUUCUGCCGCUGCAGACAAGACCGUAAAGAUUUGGGAUGCGUAUACUGGCGAUAUCAUCAGAACACUCGAGGGUCAUACUGAAGGAAUAUCUGACGUUGCUUGGUCCAGCGAUUCUGAGUUCCUAGCAUCAGCCUCGGACGACAAAACAAUCAGAAUCUGGAGCCUAGAUGAUGCGUCGACAAAUAGAGUAUUAAGAGGACAUACAAACUUUGUCUUUUGCGUGAACUACAAUCCUCAAUCUAAUCUACUAGUGUCUGGUGGGUUUGAUGAGACUGUUCGCGUAUGGGAUGUUGCAAGAGGAAAAUCUUUAAAAGUUCUCCCUGCCCAUUCCGACCCAGUCACAGCUGUCAGUUUCAAUCAUGACGGGACAUUAAUCGUGUCUUGUGCCAUGGAUGGUCUCAUACGAAUAUGGGACGCAGAUUCCGGGCAAUGUCUGAAGACGUUGGUUGAUGACGAUAAUCCUAUUUGCUCGCAUGUGAAGUUCUCUCCAAACUCUAAAUAUGUUCUGGCGUCGACACAGGAUUCCACAAUUCGACUAUGGAAUUACCAGACCUCUCGUUGUGUGAAAACGUUCACUGGCCAUACCAAUCGGAUGUAUUGCCUAUUCGCCUGCUUCAGUACGACGGGAGGCGCUUAUGUGGUUAGUGGGAGUGAGGAUGCAAAAAUCUAUAUUUGGGACCUGCAAUCAAGACAAGUGCUCCAAGUGUUAGAAGGACAUAGAGACGUGGUUUUGACUGUGGCGACUCACCCAAAGCGCAAUAUCAUCGCAUCGGCGUCGAUGGAGAAGGAUUUGACCAUUCGGCUUUGGUUUGAUGACAUGGAAAGAGUAUAA